GUGUGUUGUGAGAGACUGUAAUCAAUCAACUCUCCUUAUGAUAUUUCACCAACAACACUUGUCAUUUAAUCAAACCCUAAAAACCUAAUCUCCUCCUAAAUCUCUAGAUCCGUAAAAUGCACCUUAAUCCCACAGAUUCUUAAGUCUAUCCCCAAUUUCAAAUUCACACACUUUCCAAAAUAUUAUUAUUAUUAUUUAUAGUGGGAAAGAAAAAAGCUGGAGAAGAUGAAGUGAGAGAGAUAUCGUGGUUGAAGAGAUUCUCCAUUGGUCGGCGUUAUUGCUUGCUUCCGACAUAAGUACCCUUCCCCCCCCCCCCCCCCCCCCCCCCCCCUCCACUUCAGAUCCGGACACAAGGUGAGGAGGCUCUUUUGAUUUUUUUUUCUUUUGUUUUGAGUAAUGUCGAGACUUGCGAAAUGGAAGCUGGAGAAAGCCAAAGUCAAAGUGGUCUUUCGAUUGCAGUUUCACGCUACUCAUGUUCCACAAGCGGGAUGGGACAAGCUGUUCAUAUCCUUUAUCCCUGCUGACUCUCUAAAAGCUACAGCAAAGACAACAAAAGCACUUGUCAGAAAUGGGACUUGCAAGUGGGGUGAUCCCAUUUAUGAAACUACAAGGCUGCUUCAGGAUACAAGGACCAAGCAGUUUGAUGAGAAACUCUAUAAGAUCAUUGUGGCUAUGGGUACUUCUAGAUCUAGUAUCCUCGGAGAGGCUAUGAUCAACCUUGCUGAAUAUGCUGACGCCUUAAAGCCUUUUGCGGUUGCAUUGCCCUUGCAGGGCUCUGAUUCAGGACCUAUCUUACAUGUCACUGUACAGCUGUUAACUUCAAAAACAGGUUUUAGAGAGUUUGAACAGCAGAGAGAACUCAGGGAAAGGGGACCCUCCACGACCCCUGACCAUAGCAGUCCUGACGAAUCUUCCCGUUCCAGAACUUCACCUUCUGAUGAGUCUCUUAGUCAUGCUGACAAAACCAAUAUAAAAGGGAGUUUCAGAGAGAAGUUCCGAGAUGAUUCUUUGGUGGAAGAAGCCGUGAGGCCAAACGACCCUGAUUCAUCAUCAUUGGGGUUUGAUGUCUCUUCAAACACAUCAGGAAGCCUCAACGCAGACAAGCAUGAUAUAUCCAGCACAAAUGAAAUUGACAGCCUCAAAAGUAUGGUAUCUGGAGAUCUGAGUGGACUUGCUCAGAGCCCUCAGACAGAGAAAGACGCUCGCGAGUGGCACAAUGGCUGGGGUUCGGAGUAUCUUAAUAAGAACAGCGAUUUGGGCAAUGCCAUAGAUGAGAACAUUAAGCUUAAAGGCUUUGUGGAGGACAUGGAAUCAUCCGUUAAUGAGAUUAAGAUCGAAGUGAGCUCGCUGCAGUGCCAUGCAGAUGAUAUAGGUUCCAAAGCUCAAGAGUUUUCUCAAAUACUUAUCUCAGAGAUUAGUUCUGGGGAUAGGUUGGUCAGGGAAGUAUCUGUGUUGAAAUCAGAGUGCUCAAAAUUAAAAGAAGAGAUGGAGCGCUUACGUAGCGUCAAAACACAUGUUGGAUAUAACAACAGCAAAGACCAAGAUAAUGUUUCCCACAACCUACAGCUAAGAUGGCUGCAGGGUCUUUCAGUUGUUGAGGAUAACAUCAGAGAAAUUCAAAACAAAGUUUGCUAUAGCUACCAUGACAGGGACUUACGCUUGUUCCUCUCAGACUUUGAAUCUCUGCUGGGAGUUCUACUGGAUUUUAAAAGGCAGAUUAGCACAGUACCAUCUGAGAAAACCACCACCUUACCGGAGAAAAAUGAGAGAAGCAUAUCAGGUUCUCAGUUGGACACUGAGAUUUAUCAACCAGAGCUUGAUCCCCUUCAAUAUCUUGGUAUGCCUGAUCUUGCAUCUCGUGAACCCAAUUCAGCAGAUUCUGUAAAUGCCAUGAGAGAUAAAAUACUAGAGCUUGUACGAGGGCUGGACGAGUCUAAAGCUGAACGUGAUAGCCUUACCAAGAAAAUGGAUCAGAUGGAGUGCUAUUACGAAUCUCUGGUCCAGGAGCUGGAGGAAACUCAGAGGCAGUUGCUAGUAGAGUUACAGAAUCUAAGGACUGAACAUUCCACAUGCAUCUAUAGUAUCACUGGCGCUAAUGCUGAGAUGGAGACGUUGCGCCAAGAUGUGAAUGAGCAAGCACUCAGAUUUUCUGAGGAGAAGAAAGCUUUGGUUUCUGUGAAUGAAGAACUGGAUAAACGAGCUACGGCUGCAGAGGCAGCACUUAAAAGGGCCCGCUUAAAUUAUUCUAUUGCUGUCAACCAUUUGCAGAAGGAUCUUGAAUUGCUUUCCUCUCAGGUUGUAUCUAUGUUUGAGACCAAUGAAAAACUCAUCAAGCAAGCUUUUCCAGACCCUCCACAAAGCUUUGACGAGUCGACAGGUGAUGCAAAGCCUGAGAAGCAGAACACUCGUGAUGUAAAACUCACACAGUUACACAAUGAGAAGAAGGGGAUGAAGGAACGGCCCCUAAAGGGUGAUAUUCUUCUAGAAAAUUUGCAGAGAUCUCUUCAUGUGCAAGAAAGCCUAUAUCAAAAAGUUGAAGAAGAACUUUAUGAGAUGCACUCAAGGAACUUAUAUCUGGAAGUAUUCUCGAAAAUCCUACAGGAGACUUUCCUUCAAGCAAGUUUCGACAUAAGAACCAUGAAAGGGAAAAUUGAUGAACUUGGAUGGCAGCUUGAGCUUUCAACAGAGGCCAAGGAAAUGUUGAAACAGAGGCUGGAUAUUACGUUGGACGAGGUUUCCUCUCUGAAUGAGGAGAAAACCACAUGCAUUGCCAAAUGGAAUGCUGUAGCUUUUCAGAAUCAAAGUUUAGAGGCAAAUCUGCAGAGUAUUACUCAAGAAAACCUCAUCCUUCUGCAAAAGAUUGAUGAACUGGAAUCUGUAGUGUUGGAGUCUGAGAAUUGGAAAAACAGUUAUGAGACAUGCAUUUGUGAGAAAAAAGAGCUCGCAGAGCUUGUGGAGAAAGAAGCGCUUGAAAAAGUUCAUCUUCAGACACAGUUUGCUACAAUGCAGGCUGAGUUUGAUGCUCUGAGAGAUAAGUUUGAUAAUAUGGCUACUGCAAAUGAAAAUCUGCAGAAUAAUGUCAGUGAUCUGAAGGAGAAGUUGAUCAACACAUUAGGUCGCUACAGUGAAAAGCUCAUUUCCAUGCCUCUGUGGGAAGGGGGAGUGGAUCUUGAUUUGGAGUCCGCUGAUUUAGCAGAUCAGCUUGAUAAAUUCUUGUGUAAGAUAUGUGACCAGAGUCUUGUACUUUUGAAAGAAAAUAAAGAUCUGGUACAGGAAAAAUCCAAGACGGAGUUUAAUUUGAGGGCUGCAGAGGCUGGCAUUACUGAGGUCAAACAGAAGCAUGAGAAUAGUGUACAGUGUUUGGUUGCUAAACUUGAAGCUUCCACUGUCCUCCUCGAGAAGCUUCAGUUGCAAACUGAGUCUAUCAUGGAAAGAAUGAAGGCCAUUACCGAAGCUGAACAGAACUAUCAGAGCUGUCACACCGAAUUUGUUUCUCGUUUUGAUUAUUUUGAGAAUGAAAUGCCUCUGCUCGUGGCUAAGAAUGAGGCGCUUGGCCAAGAGAUCUCAGAACUAAGCUCUGUAACUGUUGAACAUGGAAGAACCAAGCUGCUUGUGGAAGAACUAGUUGAAGAGAAAAAAGGUCUUCUGGUUUCUCUUCUGGAUAAAUCUCAGGAAACGUUGGGUCUUGUGCGUGAGGUUGAGAAUUUAAGGACAACGUUUGAUCAAGAGUUGAGACUUGAAAAAAGCUUAAGGCAGGAACUGGAAAUUAAAAUGGAAGAUCUUACUUCUGAGUUAGUCCAUCUGAAGCAAAUGGUUUCGGAUUUGGAGUUGGAGAAGGCAAAUCACACUCAUCUUUUGUCAGGAUAUGAAACAUCUCUGAGUAGCUUGAACCGUGAUUCAUCAUAUAUUUCUGAUCUGGAAUCUCAGUUACUUGAAAUGAUGGAAUUUUCAGUAGCAGCAGACAUCCAGAUACUUUUCACAAGAUCUGAGUGGGAGACUUAUGCUGAGGAGCAGCAUAAGGAACAUCAUGAGGUACUGACUGCUCUCAAUGGCUCUCGUAAUGUAGAAGCUCAGUAUAUGGAUAAUAAUAUAAAGCUAUUGACAGAUCUCGACUCUCUAAAAUCAGAACUGGAAACUGAGAGAAGUUUAAGAAACAAAUUAGACAGCAGAAUCGAAGAACUUGCGUCUGAGUUAGACGAAAAGCACCUGCUGUUGGAUAACUUUGAUUUGCAGAAAUCUCAAGUGAAACUUCUGGAGAAGAUGGUAGCUGAACUGGAAUCUGAAAAGUCUUCUCAAAGUUUGGAGUAUGGUAGAAAUGCUCAGCGAGAGUCUUCUUUAAUUGAAGAAGUUUUUCUGUGUCUGAUAGCUGGAGAUGUUCAGCAUGUUGUUACAAAAAUCCAGUCUGAGACAUACAUCAAUGACCUUGCAGAACAACUUAGCUGCUGCUCUAAGAGCCAUCUUGAGUCUCAAAAGAAGCACGCUGAUAUAGAAUCUGCCCUCAACCAUUGCCAAGUCAACGAGAAGCGGUAUAUGGAAGAAAACAGUCAAUUAUUGAUUAGUCUUGAAGUCUUGAAGUCUGAGCUUGAGUCUUCCAUGGCUAAAAGCAGAGCUCUUGCCGAUAGAAAUGAUGAAAUGUCAGUUGAGCUUGAAGAGUACACAAAUAGGGAUGAGAAUGCAGAAAGAAGUUACUCUGAGAGAAGCCUAUGUGCUAAUGAGGUUGAGCAAUUGAAAUUUUUGUUGGUUGAUCAUGAAGAAGAAACAGAAAAACUGAUGGUGUUAAAGGCUGAGGCGGAAAUUACAGUCGAGGUACUAAAGGAUAAACUAGCUGAGCUGUCUGGAAAAGGUGCCAGUGAGCUUGCAAAACUGCACAAUAGGUGUGGUGAUCUCACUCAGAAGCUCUCUGAGCAGAUUCUGAAAACAGAAGAGUUCAAAAGCUUGUCCACCCAUUUGAAAGAGCUCAAGGACAAUGCUGAAGCCGAAUGCACUCGUGCUCGUGAAAAGACGGACUACCAAGCCCCGCUAACUCCACAGCAGGAGUCGUUGAGAAUCAUUUUCAUCAAAGAACAGUAUGAAACCAAGCUGCAGGAGCUCCAACAUCAACUGACCAUGUCCAAGAAGCAUAGUGAAGGAAUACUGAUGAAGUUACAAGAUUCCAUUGAUGAGAACGAAGCAAUGAAGAAGGCAGAAUCCAGCUAUUUAAAGAGAACCAAAGAGCUGGAAGAAAAAAUAUCGGAACUGGAGGCUGACUUGCAAUCUGCUACAUACGAUAGACGUGAGAAAACAACAGAUUAUGACAUGAUGAAGGCUGAGCUGGAUUGUUCAUUGCUAAGCCUUGAGUGCUGCAAAGAAGAAAAACAGAGGCUUGAAGAUUUUCUGCAGGAAUCUAAAGAGGAGAUACUGAAAAUGUCUAAAGAGCUAGAAUCGUUGAGAGAAUUAGUACAACGUUGCGGCUCUCAUAAACAGAUUCAGAUGGAAGAUGGUGUAACAGAGUUGGCUGACAAUGCAAGCCCCAGGCCAAAAAUUCAGGGUGCUAUUCAAUCGAGGGGUGUAAAUGAAAACGGAGACCAAUUACCUUCUGGAGCAGUGGACGACAAGAGUGAAGAAAGCCUAGCUUUGAUCAAUGAUAAUUUUAGGACAGAGACUUUAAGGUCUAGCUUGGAUCACUUAAACAAUGAGCUAGAAAGGAUGAAGAACGAGAAUUUACUUGAAUCUCAAGAUGAUAAUGAUUCAGACACCAGAUUUCCGGGUUUGGAACAAGAGCUGAUGCAGUUGCGUCAGGCAAAACAAGAACUUCAAAGUAUCUUCCCUUUAUCUCACGAGAAUUUCAGCUGCGGGAACGCGUUGGAAAGGGUUCUUGCACUGGAAAUAGAACUUGCUGAAGCAUUACGUGGAAAGCAAAAACAGUCAACCAUCCAUUUUCAGAGCGCUUUCUUGAAGCAACACACCGAUAACGAAGCAAUCUUCCAGAGUUUCAGAGACAUAAACGACCUAAUCGAGGAAAUGCUGGAGACCAAAGGCCGGUAUGCAUCUAUCGAGACAGAGCUCAAGGAGAUGCAUGACCGUUACUCUCAGCUAAGCCUCAAGUUUGCAGAGGUUGAAGGAGAGAGACAAAAGCUGAUGAUGACUCUGAAGAACGUAAGAGCGUCCAAGAAAGGAAUGCUAUUAAACCGUUCAUCUUCAGCAACUCUUGGUGAACAUUAAUGCACAGAUGUUACUACUAUGUAUAUAUGUCCCAAGGAUGUUGAAUAAUAAGUCCAAGUUCUAACA